CGAAAGGCGCGGGUAAGGAUGGGAUUUUGACGACCACGUAUAGAGUGGUGCAUCCCAGUCCUUCCCUCGUGGACGGGUGGAAGGAGAAAGAGGAGGAGGAGGAUCACGCAUCCGUAGCAAUUUCGGUCCAAGACACCUGAAGCCCUGCGAACACCCGUGCUGGCACCCCUCUCGCCACGAUGGCCAACCCCAAGGUGUUCUUCGACAUGACAAUUGGCGGCGAGAGCGCUGGCAGGAUCGUGAUGGAGCUCCGGGCCGACGUGGCUCCCAAGACAGCGGAGAACUUCCGCUGCCUCUGCACCGGGGAGAAGGGCACGGGCAAGUCGGGCAAGCCCCUGCACUUCAAGGGCAGCGCAUUCCACCGCGUCAUCCCAGACUUCAUGUGCCAGGGCGGCGACUUCACCGCCGGCAACGGCACGGGCGGCGAGUCCAUCUACGGCAGCAAGUUCGCGGACGAGAACUUCACGCUCAAGCACACGGGCCCUGGGAUCCUCUCCAUGGCGAACGCGGGCCCCAACACGAACGGGUCCCAGUUCUUCCUCUGCACGGUGAAGACCGCCUGGCUCGAUGGCAAGCACGUCGUGUUCGGUUCUGUGACCGAGGGCAUGGACGUCGUAAAGAAGGCCGAGGCAGUGGGCUCGCAAUCUGGCAAGACCAGCAAGCCCGUGGUCAUCUCCGACUGCGGGCAGCUCUGAGCGCGCCUGCUGCGCUCGCCCCACAGCCGCCGCCGCCCCCCGCACCUCCUCCGCCCCCUAUCGCCUCGCCUGCUGGGCGGCGGGUCGGGAGCGAUUCCAGAUUUUGACACGGACUCGGAGCCAGAGGAGCAAUAUGUCAGGAUAACAAUAGGCCGCCACCUCCUCGCCACGACAUGGCUCGUACCGCUUGGCGCACGCGCUGACUGCCUUAAACAUCAAGCAUAC